GUACGUUUGACGAGUUAUCUUCCCCGUUGGAAAGCAAACAACAGGAAGAAGAGUGAUGGGGAAUCCAUAUCUAACAAAGAACUGUCGAUUACAUUAACUGACAAAGUACAGUUAAUGAAAGACCGUAAGAUUGGGUUUACCAUGCAGUGGGUUAAAGGUCAUGCCGGUCAUUGUGGUAACAUGCUCGCCGACUAUAUGGCAACCCGUGGUGUGUUCUGUGGUCGUCACGGUGAUGAAAAUCACAUCCAGAUUAAGGAUGCUGCAGAGCAUGAAAAG